AUGCUCGCAAAGUCGAGAAAUAUUCGGAUCUUGCACACUAGUACCUCUGAGAUCUACGGCGACCCUCUCGUUCACCCCCAGCCAGAGAGUUACUGGGGAAAUGCCAAUCCAUUCGGACCCCGCUCAUGCUACGAUGAAGGGAAACGAGUUGCGGAAGCCCUGUGUUUUGCACACCGCGAGCAACACGGGGUUGAUAUUCGUAUUGCACGAAUCUUCAAUACAUAUGGACCCCGCAUGGGUAGCAGCGACGGACGGGUGGUAUCAAAUUUUAUUGCUGCAGCCUUAGCAGGCGAGGACUUGAAGAUCACCGGAGACGGCUCCGCGACCCGAUCAUUUCAAUUUGUCACAGACUGUCUCGAUGGACUUUCUUCUUUGAUGAACAGUGCUUACCACGAGGGGCCGGUGAAUAUCGGAAAUGAUGGGGAGUUCACCAUUCAGCAACUGGCUGAAAUUGUCAUUGAGCUCGUUUCGAAGAUGACGGAACGGCCUAAGGUAUCGAUUAGCUAUCAUCCACAGGUCGCUGAUGAUCCUACUCUGCGCCGGCCACAGCUAUCGCUGGCUAAGGAGGUCCUUCGUUGGGAGCCGAGGGUUGAGUUACGUGAGGGGUUGCGGAAAACUAUUGAGUGGCAUAUGAGUCAAGGCAAAUCAAAGGACGUUGAUUGA